AUGAGCACUAGCGAUCACAACUACGAGGACACGGAUCUGAGCCACCCAGCGUGGAUGGCCCGCCUUGACGAAGCGCACGUUCAAUUCGUCCGCAACCUUGACUUGAUCAAGCCGAAGACACGCCCAGCUGUCGAAAUCUCUGAGUGGGACUCUUCGACAGGAAAAUACCGAUUCGUCCCAAUGAACCAAGUCGACUACGGCAUGAUUGAACACGCCCACCCAGAUGCUGUCUGCCUGCUAUGGGAGGAGUGUCGACAGCAUCCAGACAUGUACCUCGACCUCACAAACGUUACGUGGGACAUGCUCCCAGACAUACUCGAAGGCGCAUUGUCUAUUGUAGACGGCAUGGAGGGCGACUCAAAGGAGUGGAACGACUUGCGACGCAGAAUCGCGUCGAACGCCGCGGUCCUCGACGACAAUCCAGAGGCGGCGACUGCUGCAUACUCAAAACCACGUCACAUUCUGGCCCUUCAUAACACCACCUUUGAAGGCGGCUUGGCAUACAACUUCGCGUCGGGACCCCUCCGUCCAUGCGAACCGAACGGCAUCAUCUUGACUUGGUACUG